AUGCACGACUGGCUGGCUUGGGCAGGGGAGGAGCUGAGGAGGAUGAGGAGGAGGGGAGAGCCUGCAGCUGUGAGGAGGAGGAAGACGAGAGAGGAGAGGAAAAGGAGGAUAGAGCGUAGGCUGCGAGCUCUCUAUGAAGAGCUCAGGAAGAACGUGAGCACGCACGGAGUGCAGAGGGAGGUUGAGGUAGAAUCGAUUGUUGGGGCGGUGGCGAACGAGGGGCUGGUAGACAUGCUCCUGUCCUGUGAGAUGCCGGACGAAGACGCAAGAGCAGAUGAGUGGUCGGGAGCUGAAAGUGAAUCAAGAAUCCUGGAUAUGAACAUCAAGAAAGCGCGGGAUAGAGAGAAUUACCUGAAGGCGAUAGAGGAGCAGAUGCGAGGGAUUUGUGGUAAAGAGGGGAAGGUAACUCCGAAUCACUUCAAGGCUCUGUUGGACACCAUCAUGAAGAGGAUCGACACCAAGAAGGAUGCCGUGGAGCUUCCCUCGCUCGAGUCUCUAGGAAUCUCAAUGCCCCACACAGUUUUCCUCAGCAACGGCAAUCCAACGGGAUGGUAUUACAUGUCAGGAGGGCUUCCGGGGAAGCUCAUGCGGCGGACGAGCGAGAAGACAAACCUGCUCUACAUCCAGCAGGUGUUUGAAGCAGAACAUCUCAAGGAGCAGGAGGCUGAUGGCAAGGAACAAAAGGUGUCGCGCUGGGAAGCUUGCUGCAUUGCCCGGAUACUGAAGGACAACGCCUUGCGCUACAAGUUCCUCUCCCUGAGACAGUUCAAGUCUUUCAUUCAAAGUGAAGAAAUGCUCCACUGCUCCAGCUUUGCUCGCGUCUGUGAUCGAAAGUAUCCGAGGCGGCGGUGGGAUGUUGUCUACUCCAAGGACUGCCAGGUUGGCAAGGUUCCCAUCUUCCUGUGCUGGGACUCUCCUGCUGCCUGCUUGAGAGAUACGGAGGAGGAGGCAGAGGAGGCGAGGGAACAGGAUGCCGAAAAGUUUGAAAUGCAGCCAGUAGAAGUUCGCUCGGAGGACAAAGUCAUGAACUGGAUGAUGGAGCAGCGAGCUCGAGCCCUUGUGCAAGCCCUGGAGCGUCAGGCCGAGGUCAACAUCCUCAAGGCGAAGUUCACCUUCUCCCUGGACUCGUCCAAGGGGAUGCGCUCAAACCUCUUUCUGAUGGACUGUCAGGAUGUCGUAAUGGAGACAGAUGUCGAUCACGGGCACCAACACAUAGAGACGACAAGUCCUGCCCCUCCCCUGUGCACGUCAAGACAGGCUUGCAGAGGCGACUACUGCGAUGGAAGCUAUCCUUAUGAGUUUGCCAAGGAGCCCGACCUGAUUCAGAGGUGUCAGUUAGGCUCUUAUGACAAUCUGCACGAGGCGGAGGGGCAGAAAAAUCUAUCCUCGCACUUCGUCUCCUACCAGAUACUUGCCAUGGACAGAAAAAAAUCAAGUAUGAAUCGAGUGUACGCUAUAUCCAGCAAACAAGCUGCAGACUUGUCUUUCAGGAAUCUCAAUCAGCUCCUGCACGUGAAGGGCAGGGGAAGGGUUCUUGCUGAUGGACUGACCUUCUGGGCUGAAUACCAAGGAGAGAUCUCGACCGACGUAUGUUUGACGCUGACGUCGCCCAGCGGGACGCUCGGGAAAAUUCAUCGAUACUCACCCGAGCAGGGCACGAGGUCUGGUGUCGACGUCACUCAGCCCUCCAUUGCUCCCGUGCUCGCUGACAAGCUCCGGAUCGUUCAGACCUUGACUUGCUUUCAGGGAGAGGAGAUCCACGGGGAUUGGAAUCUGAGCCACCCGAUGCUGGAGGCAGGGCAGCAGUUCAAUCCGCAGGGGGCAGCGCCACAGCUGCUGGGUUGGGGACUGUCGAUCUCGUACAGGCUGCAUGCUGAGUGCGGGUCGAAGAAGGAGCAGCGGUCGAGGCCGCCGAGCGCCAAGGCAACUUCCCUGAUGCAGCCGAUCCAGUCGAGUGAGAAAUUGAUUCGCCCCUUUUCUGCCAACACUUGGAAGAAGGUAGAGCACGAGGCCUCCGAGGCCGUCAGAGGCAGAGUGAGCCUAACGGACAGGCCCAACGUUGGCAGCUUCAGCUCGCUGGGCAGGAUGGCUCUGAUAGACAACGUGCCUGUUUGCCUCCAUUGUUACGCUGUCUAUGCAAAGAUCUGGAAGAACAAUGCAGCCAGGGAGAGGGCAGUGAACCCGUUCAAGCCCAUGGAGAGUCGCUCAUCUAGGACGCAGAGGAUGAAGGACAAGGUAUGGGAGCCAUGGUUGACUUUGUCCCCAGUGGAAGAGAUCGUCGGUAACUUGAAAGACCUGCAUUGGCACCAGCAACCUGUAUAUAAGGAGCAGCAGAAGGAAAACUUGGUCUUGCAGCAGAGUUCAGGAGCAACUGAAGAGACAUUUGAGAGAGAACAUCAGGAGAUGAGAAAGGAACGAGCCAAUGCCCGCAAGUUGCGCCUCAAGAUUCAAGUCGAAAGUGCCUCAAGGAAGGAAGGGGGCAGGAAGGACAGAAAACCACCCUACAGAAGUAAGAUCGCAGGAGCAGGACAGAGCACGAGCAGCGAGCAGCGAGCUCAGCACAAAGAUCUGAUGGAGCAGCUCCUACAAGGGGAUUUGACAUCGGAGCAGGCCUUCUGCCGACUCACUGGGAGGGCGCUGACCAGUGACCUCAGCGGCAAGCAGGAGGACGUGGAGGCAUAUCGAGGUGGGGGAGAGCUGUCAGGAGCUCCUGCCACCUUUUCACUCCUCCGCCAUGAUUCCAAACCCUCGGAGGGUUUUGAGGAGAAACCAAGCGGCAUGAGCGAUGAGUGGGUGUGGAACGAACCAACUGCUGGGGCAGUAGGAGGGGCGGGAGGGGUAGGAGAAAGCAGGAUGAGACACUUGGAGGCGAUACAUGAGGCUCAGGGCAAGGAGAAUGUUCGCACGAGCGAGCUGAUCGCUGCGUAUCAUGCGGAUGGACUACGGGGGAGGAAACUAUGGUCCAUGAAAGCAAGCACUCACAGCAGCCAGUCAGGUGGACUGAUCUCAGUCCUCCCUCGGGCUGGGAGGCAGGGAGAAGCCUCUUCCUCUUCCUCCUCUGCUGCCCCCGCCACUUUCUUCCCAGAGCGGAUAGGGACGGUGGCAGUAGUGGAUGGAGCUUUGAUCGAAAGGAAAGCGUUGCCAAACUCAAGACCCUGGAAGUAG